AUGGAUUAUAAUACAACAGCGGGGGAAAGGGGAAGGUUUGCUCGCCUGGCUGUUACUGUGGAUCUUAAUAAGCCGCUACUGCCAUUUAUAAGCAUUGACAGCUUUGUCCAAGCAAUUAAAUAUGAAGGACUUGAGAACAUAUGCUUCCAUUGUGGGGUCUAUGGCCACUCUCAAAACUUGUGUGGGUUCAGGCAACAAAGUGGAAUGGAGAAGAGCGCUGAAAGUUCUGAAGGUCAGGUCCAAAUGCCGAAUGAAUCGGGUUGCAAGGAAGACCUAUUUGGACCUUGGAUGGUGGCACCGUCGCACAAAAGAAGGCCAAGGAAAUCGAGUAAUACCGAUCAGGUGUCUGACAUUCCUCGGUUCAGGACGCUGGAGUUAAGUCUCCAAUCUUGUCUGCUCAGUCAUUUGGCAGACCUGAUAAAACUAUUCUCGGGUUCAAGGCUGGAGAAAUUAUUGGAUGAAUUGAGUAAUUACUUUUCUUCCCUUACAACAGACCAAAUGCUUGAUUCGGAGGAGAAAAGUUCAUUACGGAGUUCUUGCUGGAAGUGUCUCGAUCAGUGUCUAGAUGAAGCAAUCUCCGACUCUCUAAAAUACAUUAAAAAUAUCGAAAGGUGCAUGGAAGUGAUUUUUUCUCUUUUACCCUCACCCAAGUCUUCUGCUAAUGUGGAAGUGAAUCAGUCGAACUUGGUUGAGUGGUCCGAGGCGGUUAGGUGCUUGGCAAAGGCUCGGCAGGGCUGGUUAUUGGAAUUUCUACAUGUUUCACAUUUAAAUUCAGGAGAUGUCACCUUCGCCGAAGUUCUAAAAAGGAUUCAAGCUAAAGCCAAGCUAGUUCGAACUGGUUCCAUCCCAAUGGCUGAACUGGGAAAAUCGAAGUCUUAUUUACUGAAUUCAGAACCACUUGGUACCUGGGGCGUGCUAAUCGAAGUUGUAGCAACUUUACAGCAUGUGGAGGGAAGCGUAAAAAGACAAUGGCUGGUUGACGCCGUCGGCGUUUCAAGUUAUCCUUCCACGGCACUGCAGUUUAUCGGACUUCUAUCUGGGUCCUGCUGCAAAUACAUGCCCCUUCUCAUUGCAGAUCGAUCAUAUGUUCUGAACGACCUACCGGUUACUCUUACGUCUCUCUUGUCAGACCCGAACUGGGAAGUGAUUGCAGAAAGCUUUACUUCUUAUCUUUUGACAUCGACGGAACGGAUUUACAGUUGGGCUAUGAAACUAUCAUCGGAUGAGGCAUUACCGGGUUCGCAAGCUAUCGACGAGAGUGAAAACGGUAUGGCUCAGAUACUAUUGCCUGUUAUGCACCUUGCAUGUGUUUGCUUGAAACAUUACUUGCCUCUAGACAAGCAGCUUAGACUUGCAAACAUGGUUGUUGAUUAA